AUGGACUGGGAUCCAGGAUCAUCGUAUUCCAUUAUAAGUACAACGUUUUGGAGACAAAUUGGUUCACCAUCAUUAUUACCAGCACCAAAAUUAAAAGCAUAUGGUGACAAUAAAUUAAAAACAAAAGGAAUCACAGACGUAGCUGUAGAAGUGGGAGGGAAAAUGAAAAUAGUACCUGUUGUCGUUAUGAGAAAUGCGGAGCCCAUGCUUUUUGGUCUACAGUGGAGUGAGAUUUUUGAAAUGCCUUUUCCUAAAUCAGUUUACUCUAUAAGAAACAUUGAACCCAGUUCUCUUAAAGAAAUCCUCCACAAAUAUCAAGAUCUUUUUGAUGGAAAAUUAGGAAAGAUCAAAGCCUAUGAAGUCAAUAUACAUGUGAGAUCAGCAGGCCGAUUUUGUAACUUUUGA